CCUUCUCCUCUGCAGCUCAGAGCUCCGCGGCGGCCAGGAGGAGAAUCAAACCCGGAUCAGGAUCGCAGUGUCUCGGUCGUGUGUAGACCAGCAGCUGGACCGGAACAUGUCGUCCUAGAAGAUGUGAACAGAUCUGAGACCAGCACAGACCUCCAGUGUGAUGCAGCUGUGUGAUGGGAGAAUCAGCCGAGCAGGAUGGGCAACAAGCAGACAACCUUCACGGAGGAGCAGCUGGAGGCGUAUCAGGACUGUACCUUCUUCACCCGGAAAGAAAUCCUGCGGUUACAUGGCAGGUAUCGUGAGCUGGCUCCUCAUCUAGUUCCUCUGGACUACACCAACAACCCCGACAUCAGAGUCCCUCUGACGCUCAUCGUCACCAUGCCUGAGCUGAAGGUUCAGCAGUUGAACCUCAGAGCUGCGUUCAGAGUCAAUAGCUCUGUGGUAAAAUGCUGCGUUGACACUGAGGAGGAGAACCCUUUCAGAGACAGAAUCGUGGAGACGUUCUCCGAGGACGGACAGGGGAACCUGAGCUUCAAUGACUUUGUCGACAUGUUUUCUGCUCUCUGUGAAACUUCACCCCGUGAGCUCAAGACCAUCUACGCCUUCAAGAUCUACGACUUCAACAGGGACAACUUCAUCUGUAAGCAGGACCUGGAGAAGACGGUGAACAAGCUGACCAAAGGAGAGCUGAGUCCAGAGGAGGUGACUCUGGUCUGUGAUAAAGCCAUCGAGGAGGCCGACCUGGACGGAGACAGCAAACUCUCCUUCUCCGACUUCGAGAACAUGAUCUCCAAGGCUCCGGACUUCCUGAGUAACUUCCACGUUCGAAUAUGAGUCCCAGCUGAGAUCCUGCAGAGGACAGACGUCUCACUUUGACGCCGUUUCCUGAUCCUCAGACUCCACCUCCACCUGAACCUCAGACCCAUGUCGACUCAGUGCCUGUCCUUAUUAUCACCUGUGGAGAGUCUCUUCUCUGACUCAAAGUCUGGUCUGGACUCAGUGAAGCACAGACAGACAGCGGAGACGUUUUGGAGGGAAACUUGUUCGUACAUGAAACUCUUUGAUAAACCUGGAUGUUUGAGGUGACUGAAGGCAGGGCUAAUUUCUACCAGAGAGCUUCUCUGCAGCUGGUCUGAUGUCUCCUCUGGACUCUGAUGUCUCUGCUGAGACUCAUGGAGACGCUGGGAGGACGGCGCUGCAGACGAACCUGAACAGGGCUUUUCUGACUUCAGUGCUUUGCAGAAAGUCCAGAUCCAGGACUGGAUUCUUUUUAACAAGCACACAUUAAAGGGCAAAACAGUGAAGAGCUAUGCAAUCUUUCUUCAUGACGUGCAUGUUGUAAAUUGCUUCUUGCUGUGUUUCUUUCUACGUCUGGUGAAACGUUCUGGUGCAUAAUGACAAUCAAAGUAACCUGUAGCUGAUGGAAGGGCUCUGUCAUCUCACCUGUAAAGUCUGGCUUUGAUAAACUUGACUCACUCAACACUGAACUUUUCUCUUGAGAGUCAAAUAAAACUUUUUUCUGUUGCUCCAGAAGCUUCUUAUGUCAGUGAACUGACCCAGGGUCAGCUCAGGACACCUGUCAACACUGAUCCACAGUCUGCAGCUAAAACAUCAAAUCUAACUGAUCGGUUC